AUGACAAAUGGUUUCAAGACACUGGGGGGCAACUACAACUAUGGUCAAGCCGAUAAAGCAAUCGGAAAGGAUUUGAUAGCCAAUCUGGAUCUAGUGGCCACUGACCCGGUUGUAUCAUUCAGGACAACUAUAUGGUUCUGGAUGACCCCACAGGGAAACAAGCCAUCGAGCCAUGACGUCAUCACUGGCAGGUGGAGCCCAUCUGCUGCAGACACGUCGGCGGGUCGGGUCCCCGGGUAUGGAGUGAUCACUAAUAUAAUCAACGGUGGGCUUGAAUGUGGGCAUGGCCAAGAUGAUAGGGUGGCUAGUAGGAUUGAGUUCUACAGAAGGUAUUCUCAGAUUUUGGGAGUGAGCCCAGGGGAUAACUUGGAUUGUUAUAACCAAAGGCCUUUUGCCUAA